AUGCGUGUCUUAAUCAUUGGCGGUGGUAUCGGAGGACUUACUCUGGCCCAUCGCCUGCGCAAAGCCGACAUUGAGGUUUUAGUAUUGGAACGACAAACAGAGAAAACCGAGGACCUGGCCGGAUACGGUCUUCAUAUUGACCAAAAUGGUAGAAAAGCCUUACGAUCAUGCCUGCCACUCUCCAACUGGACACGUCUACAAACUAUCUUCUCAUCUGCGGGAACAAGACUCUUCUUCCGUGACACCCAGCUUCGAAUGUAA